AUGGCUGCGGCAACGUCUCGAAGAUCGCCGGGCGUCCCAAAUGGGACUUCUGCGCCGCUGCAGCAAAUAGCAAGCAAUGGGAUGGCAAGGACCUUCUCAAAUGACUCUGACAUCAGCUCAGCUGUCAUGGGCCAAGAUGAAAACGGAAAUCCAGAAGCUCCACGUGCCCCGUCUAUCUUCUACAGAGGAAGUGCUGCUCAGAAUUCCAGCAGUGAUGUAUCUCGUUCAUUCUCCACGAGAGCGAAAGAUCUUCCUGCUGCGUUGAAUGUAGGCGUGAUUGACGAACGUAUUUCUCCGGUGCAAGAGUAUUACACUCAGAGAAGGCGUUCCACGAACCCUCCUUUGGCCAAUCUUCCUAUCACAAAUGUCUCAGAGCCUUUUAUUCCAGCACAGGACUUCAGGAAGUUAUCAUCGCCCUUUGAGUCUAUGGGUCCGGCCUCCCCCACAGGUGCAAAUAGCACAGAGCAAUCUGGGAAAGAGCGGCGUGACUGGGCUUCAGACAGAUCUCCCCUCCAGAAGCUUGAAGUGACCUUGGGUGGUAUGAGCAAGGAAGAGAAACGAGCGCGUGUCCAGGAAGCAGAGAAGCGUCUCAAAGAACGAUUAGCACGCCAGGAAGCAGACAACAACAAGCGUGAGCACAUGUCGCAACCUCAGGAGAGACUUGUCAGCGAUACCCCGAAAUCUCAACCUAGAGUUCCAGAACCGACAAUUCCCAACCGGAUGGCGAGUCGCGGACAGACAACCAUGCCGCCGAAAGGUGGCAUGCAAGCACCCAAGCAAUUGCAUACUAGAAGUUAUUCUACAGCAGGCGGAUUUCCCGAGCUCGGUCCUCAGAGACAUGCGCACAAGCCCAACAGCACUCAGAAUAAACCACGGCGACUAAGCGUCGGGUAUGCCGCAGUCACUCCUGCCACACAGCCUCAAUUUGCUACUGCCGAACAUCAUCUGCCACAGGUAGAAACUGGAAACCAAAUUCCCAGGCGGCCAGUAGGGGCCGGAAAUCCAACAUACGCCACAGGUGCGAUGCCUGCUCGAAAGCCAGCCACUAUCAUGGCGGCUGCAGUAAACACUGAAAAUUCACAGUCACUACCGAAGUGGGAUCCUCAGAGUUUUCCAGAUAGACCAAUACAACAAGUUAUCCAGGACAAAGGACCUAACAGAAAUGUUAGCUUUCAGCCGCAGAGAACGGGCGCUUCUUCUAUGAACGUUGCAGAACGUGACUUCGCAGCUAUUGGCUCUGACUUGAACAAAGGUACAAAUGCUGACAACGCUGUGCCUCAAGAUACCAAUGAUGGACAAGGCGCGAAGCCGAAGCCGAAGAAGCAGUCUGUCUCAUUCAAUGUACCACCACCGACACCACCGCCGCUUUCGGAGUGGAAGAAUGCUCCCGUGGCCAGGUUAUGCAACCCCGAUUUUGACUUUCAGGAUAUUGAUCUUGAAAGAAGUAAAGCUUGGUGGAGUCUUGGAGGAAGCGCGAAUCGCCGGGAGAGUCGAUCCCUCCCGAAGAAUUACCAGAAGCCUGCCCAGCAGACAACAUUGAACGAGCGCUUCCGACCACAGAUAUUCUUAAAAUGCGGACCAUUGCUCCGGUACGCUGGAAUGAAACGAGUGAAGAUAGACGGGCCCAAUGGUCCAAUUGAAAAGGCAACAUGGAGAGGCAGCGUCAUGAUAGUCACGAAAGAUUCCCUAUCAUCGUACGAGCCAUCGCCUAGACUGAGACUGUUCUCCCAACCGAUGGAUAUUCUUCCACCUCCACCUUCAGAAGUCCAAAGCCAGCUCGCUUUUGAGUACGUGGAUCCGACAGCAGGUCUCAUGAAAGUCGGUCGAGAUGGGAGGCCAUUGUAUGUCAAACCUGUGGACGACACUGAAGAGGACGUUGAUCUUUCGUUCGUGGAGAAUGACGACGGUCUCUACGAACAGUCGCCAAGUAGGGUUGAAUUUAGUAACGACAAUAACCAACAGUCGACUCCCACCAAUAGAAUUCACCCAUGCGAUGGAGAAACCGCGGGGUUAUACAAAGAAAUCCCGGGCAUUCGUUUGUACGCUGAUCCGGACAGAGAUGUUACUUUCUGGAGAUUCAGCAUCGAAGUAGAACUGGGAUCAGAACAGCGGCGUGUGGCAUACCGCAUCAACCAGGGCCCAGCCCUGGGAUUCUGGGUGCCUGCAAGUGGUCAGUCUAUGAACAUUGCGUUUUACACUUGUAACGGAUUUGGGUUAUCUGCCGACUCCAACAAGUUCUGUGGUCCGGACCCUCUCUGGCGAGACAUCCUCAAUGAGCAUCAGACCCGCCCGUUCCACGUCAUGAUAGGUGGAGGCGACCAGAUCUUUAACGACAGCGUCAUAUCAGAGUCUGUCUUCUUCCAGGAAUGGGUCAAGACCAAAAAUAUUCAUGAGAAGUAUAAUGCAACAUUCAGCCCUGAGUUCAGAGCCGAUCUAGAGAACUAUUACCUCGAGCGUUACUCGAUCUGGUUCUCCCAGGGUCUCUACUCUCUAGCGAACUCGCAGAUCCCUAUGGUCAACAUGUGGAAUGACCAUGAGCUUAUUGAAGGGUUUGGCUCGUAUCCCGAUGAAUUUAUGAGGACUUCUGUGAUCUCCGGUCUGGGAAGAAUCGCAUUCAAGUAUUACCUGCUGUUCCAGCACCAGAGCGUUCUGGAGGAGACUGAGGCAGAUGAGCCCAGCUGGGUCCUUGGAGCUCAACCGGGUCCUUAUAUCAAGCAAAAGAGUCGAAAUCUUUUCAUGCCACUCGGAAAAGACAUUACUUUGCUAGCAUUGGAUUGUCGGACGGAAAGAAUAAGCAAUGAAGUUCUCACCGAAGAGACCUGUGAUCUCAUCUGGGAUCGAUGCCACCGGGAGAUUGUGAAGGGAGAGAUAAAGCAUUUAAUUGUGGUGUCAAGCAUUCCGAUCAUCUAUCCCAGAGUGGCGAUGGUUAAGAACAUUUUGAACAGCCGUAAGUCACUAGGGAAGGCCGGAAUAUUCGGAGGCUUCCUCAACAAGUAUGGCGGUCGAGUUGAGAUUUUCGAUGACCACUGGACGGCAAAGCAUCUCAAGCCGGAACGAGGAUGGUUGAUCGAGGACCUUCAGGACUUGGCAGCAGAGAAAUCCAUACGGGUUACAAUUUUAAGCGGAGAUGUCCAUUUGGCAGCAAUCGGGCGAUUCUACUCGAGCCCGAAGCUUGACAUACGGAAGGACAGAGAUUAUCGAUACAUGCCGAACGUCAUCUCAUCGGCGAUUGCUGACGUACCAGAGUCGGACAUGAUCGCAGACAUGCUGAAUACACGCAACAAGGUGCAUCACAUGGAUGCCGAUACGGAAGAAGACAUCAUUCCCAUCUUCAGUCAAGAUGUCGAUGGAAAGCCCCGGAAUAACAAGCGACUGUUACCAAGGCGGAACUGGUGUUCUAUCAGGCCAUAUCAACCAGGGUCAACGCCACCUGCGACACCAGGAUCAUUGGUGGAACCAAACGUCGAAGAGCCUCGUCCAGCAAAGCUACAGAGGACCAUGUCCCUAACGCGAGGUGAUAGUCGUUCGGGUGGUGGCCUCCUGCGACGCCUUUCACAACGUAGUAGCCGCCCUCCUACGAGGGAAUUCAACCUUGGAGGAGCUAACCGUCGACGGAUGAGCAUGGAUGGACCAUUUCCACCGCCCGAGACAGGAGAUAGUUACUUCCCUCAACCGCCUGGCCAACGCCCGAACCCCUUCCUCCGCCGACCAACGGAUGUCAGCUUGAAAGCAGCGAAGAGGGCCGCCAGACAAGGGAAGGGUGGAGUGGGAGCCCCGAUUAACCUAGAAGGAGGAUUGGCCAUUACUCUAAACCUGGAGAUCAACCCCGGGGACCCGUCUGGUAUUACGUAUCCCUACAAACUGCUUGUACCUAUGCUAUGGUAUGACGAGCCCCCCGUUCAUACCGAACCUGAUGCCAGCCACGUCCCCGUCGCGACCACUCCGCCAGCCAAGGCUCCCAAGAGACGGAGCUGGACCAAAUGGCUGGGAGUGGGCAGAAAUAAAAACACUGGCACCACGGAUGAAGAAAGAUUCAGCGAUGACGAAGGGGUAGACGCGGGCGAUCCGCAAGUCGAACAUGGUGCCAACUAUGAGGGCUACCCUGGAAGCGACGAAGACGAUGAGUCGUUCCCUGAGGAAGUGAUCCCCCCGGAGCAACCAGAGGGCAGCAUCGAGAAUACAGGACCGGAGGGCCGAGGGCCGAAGAAAAGGUGGUUUCAGAGGAUGUAA